CUCCUCCUGAGCUCCUGCAGGCGCUGUUCUUCAGGAGUCCUUCCCAAUGAGAGGAUCCGCAACAUUGGGAUCUCGGCCCACAUCGACUCGGGGAAGACAACGCUAACGGAACGAAUCCUCUUCUAUACGGGCAGGAUAGCACAAAUGCACGAGGUGAAAGGUAAGGAUGGAGUUGGAGCUGUCAUGGAUUCGAUGGAGCUAGAGCGACAGCGUGGAAUCACAAUUCAGUCUGCAGCAACCUACACCAUGUGGAAAGACACCAACAUCAACAUCAUAGACACACCAGGGCAUGUGGACUUCACAAUUGAAGUGGAGAGAUCUUUGAGAGUUCUUGAUGGUGCUAUUCUGGUCCUCUGUGCUGUUGGAGGAGUUCAGUGCCAGACAAUAACUGUGAACAGGCAGAUGAAACGUUACAGCGUGCCAUUUUUAACAUUCAUCAAUAAACUGGACCGAUGGGGCUCUAAUCCAACCAGAGCAGUACAACAAUUGAGAUCCAAGUUAAAACACAAUGCAGCUUUUGUUCAGAUUCCAGUUGGGCUGGAGGGAAACUUUAAAGGAGUUAUAGAUCUUAUCGAAGAAAGAGCUAUAUAUUUUGAUGGUGCGCUUGGCCAGACUCUUCGGUAUGAUGAAAUUCCAGCUGAGUUUAGAGCUGAGGCUGCAGAGAGACGUCGGGAGUUGAUCGAGUGUGUUGCUAACUCGGAUGAUCAACUUGGGGAGCUGUUUUUGGAAGAAAAGAUUCCUACAGUUGCCGAGUUAAAGCUUGCAAUCAGAAGAGCAACCCUGAAGAAGUCCUUUACCCCAGUACUUGUGGGAAGUGCUCUGAAGAACAAAGGAGUGCAGCCAUUGCUGGAUGCCGUCCUGGAAUACCUCCCGAAUCCUUCAGAGGUUGAGAACUAUGCUAUCCUUAACCAGGGGGAUUCUGAGGACAAAGCCAAGUUCCUAUUGAACUCUGCUCGAGACAAUUCCCAACCUUUUAUAGGCCUUGCUUUUAAACUGGAGGCUGGCCGUUUUGGGCAAUUAACCUAUAUUCGAGUUUAUCAGGGGAUGCUGAAGAAAUCUGAUUAUAUAUAUAACACUAGGACUGGGAAGAGAGUGCGUGUACAAAGACUUGUCCGUAUGCAUUCAGACAACAUGGAGGAUGUAAAUGAAGUUUAUGCAGGAGACAUAUGUGCGCUGUUUGGAAUUGAUUGUGCUAGCGGGGAUACGUUCACUGAUAAAACUAGUACUGACAUUUCCAUGGAAUCCAUUCACAUCCCUGAUCCUGUCAUUUCAGUAGCUAUGAAGCCUUCCAACAAGAAUGACUUUGAUAAAUUUUCUUACCGCUUUAUAAGGGAAGAUCCCACUUUUAGAAUCCAUUUUGAUGAUGAGAGCAAAGAGACCAUUGUUUCUGGAAUGGGGGAACUGCACUUGGAAAUCUACGCCCAGCGAAUGGAAAGAGAAUAUGCUUGCCCUUGCACCAUGGGAAAGCCAAAAGUUGCCUUUAGGGAGAACAUCUCCGCACCUGUGCCGUAA